GAGGCUUCCUCAGAAGCAGCUGUCAUCGCUGAAGUUUUAAUGACGACAAGCUGCUGUUCCUGUACUUUGGGAGUGCGUGGUCAAAGUACAGUCGGGAGGAGGUGAAGGUGGACGCGGUGCGCGCGCAGCAUCGUGUUAGCAUUUCCAGGGAUUGGGAAGGACGAAAAAUAGCGAUGCAGGUGAAGCGAUAACAUGAAGGAAGAUAUCGGAGGUGUAGUGAUGACAUCACGAUUUCGUGUGCUUAGUGGGAAGCCAAACCAUAUGCGUGUUCUCGAGAUGCCAAGAGACAAACAUCGAUCAGAAGUUGUCUGCAAUGUUCAUUUUCUGGAUGAUAAUGUGCAGAGCUUCAAAGUCAAUAAACAAGACACUGGUCAAGUUCUGUUGAAUAUGGCCUAUAAACACCUGGAAUUGAUUGAAAAGGAAUAUUUUGGUUUACAGUUUAUAGAUGAUUCAAUAGAGUGCCCUAGGUGGCUUGAGCCAAGCAAACCUAUCCGGAAACAGCUUAAAGGCGACGCACUUAAUUUUCGAGUGAGAUUUUUUGUAACUGACCCAAAUUCUCUACAACAAGAACAGACAAGGCAUCUGUAUUUUUUACAACUGAGGAAAGAAUUUAUUGAUGGAAGAUUGCCUUGUCCACACAGUAAAGCAAUCUUACUUGCUUCCUAUGCAGUCCAAUCUGAACUUGGCGAGUACAAUCCUUCUGAGCAUCAUCCUGGGUACAUUGAAAGUUUUCACUUUAUGCCUGAUCAAAACCAAGACUUUCAUACCAAAGUGAUGUCUUUGCACAAACAACACAGAGACCUUAAACAAUCUGAAGCAGAACUUGGAUAUUUAACUAAAGCAAAAGCCCUUGAAUUUUAUGGUGUGGAGUUACAUAAUGCAAAGGAUCAAGAAAAUUUAGAGGUGAAGAUUGGAAUAUCCUCUGGAGGCCUCAGUAUAUAUAGAAAUUUGGCUCGAAUCAAUUUUUAUCCCUGGGUAAAUAUAAUGAAGAUUUCAUUCAAGAGGAAACGAUUUUUCAUUCAGUUAAGACAAAAUCCUAAUAAAUCCCAAGAGAGUAUUGUUGGAUUUAAUAUGCUCAAUUAUAGAGCAUGUAAAAUCCUUUGGAAAUCUUGUGUAGAACAUCACACAUUCUUUCAAGCAAAGCAGCCACCAUCUCGAGAGAAAAAAGUAUUUGCAGACUAUUUUACACUUGGGAACAGAAGCCAGAACAGGACAAACAAAAAUCAGUCAUGCCAUCGUGUCAUUGGUGGAAUGGUGUGGAAUCCAAUACUAAGGAAGUCUGUAUCUGUGGAGCAAAUGGAAACCAGAAGUCUUCCUUCUCGUUCUCCACCAUCUACACCUGAUUGGCCAAGUCCAAGAGUGAGGCAUAAUGCUCAAAAGCCACGGCAUUCCUCCGUAGAUAACCUUGCCACCGAGAUGGCAUACAUCACAGAAAGUGAAGAGGUGUUUUAUAACUACAAGGCAAACAUUCCCACCAAAGCAACUAAAAUUGAUGCAGAGUCCAAUCCAAAAUCUGCAUCACACAGCUGGACAUUUGAAGAGGUGCAAGCGCAGGUUGCUGAUACUAUAAAAAGGCAACAGCAAUCACUAACAUGUUCAGUGAACGGUGUAGACACUAACAGUCCAAAAGAUGAUCUCUGUAUUUCCCAUCAAUCGGCUGGCAUUGAUUUGCAAUUUCUUGAGACCUGUGAAUCGAUGGCACCAGGAGCAACUGAGGAUGAAAUGGCACAAUGUCAAUUCUACUGUGAAUACAAGAUUGACACAGUAAGACGUGAACAUGAUUUGCUUUUGGUUCGAAUGAAGCCAGAUGAAGAAGGAAAGUUUGGCUUCAAUUUAAAGGGUGGAGCUGAUCAAAAGAUGCCUCUUAUUGUCUCAAGAGUAAACCCAGGAUCACCUGCUGACAUUUAUACACCCAAACUGAAUGAAGGGGAUCAAAUCUUGUUGAUCAAUGGCAGAGAUAUCUCUGAACAUACACAUGACCAAGUUGUUAUGUUUAUAAAAGCAAGCAGAGAAUCACACUCCAGAGAACUAGUACUUCUGGUCAAACGUGAAGUUGCAAGCAGUCAUUCGGAGGGAAAAAUGGAAGAUGGAACAGCUUUUCAAUGUUCUCCCAGUAAUUCCAUAUUACCCCCUUGUGCUGAAUAUGGUGAAUCAUUGGAAGAAUCAAUGGCUCAGCUUCGACAGGGUCUUGAAACUGGAGCAGUACUAAAUCAGUUUGACCAACUGUACAGAAAAAAACCUGGUUUCGUCAUCUCAUGUGCAAAAAUGACGAAGAAUGUAGACAGAAACCGAUAUAAAGAUGUAUUACCCUAUGAUGUCACAAGGGUUGUAUUAAAUGGAACAGAAGAUUAUGUUAAUGCCAGUUAUGUAAAUAUGGAAAUCUGUUGUACCUCUAUUCUAAAUAAGUAUAUUGCAGCCCAAGGUCCACUUUCACAUACCUGUUCUCAUUUUUGGCAAACUGUCUGGGAGCAAGGGUCAUCGUUAAUUGUCAUGUUAACAACAUUGACAGAAAGAGGACGGGUAAAAUGCCACCAAUAUUGGCCAGAUCCUUCAGAAGUGUGCAAAUAUGGCAAUUUUCAGGUGAUGUGUCACUCAGAAGAUUGUAGCAUCGCAUAUGUUUUCAGGGAAAUGACACUGACUAAUUUGGAGACAGGAAUGAAACGUGUUGUCACUCAUCUUCAAUAUGUAGCGUGGCCUGAUCAUGGGGUUCCUGAUGACUCAAUGGACUUCUUUGACUUUGUGACUUUUGUAAGAAAGAAACGGAUUGAAAGGGACAAUGAGCCAAUUAUUGUUCAUUGCAGUGCUGGAAUUGGUCGAACUGGUGUUCUUAUUGCCAUGGAGACAGCAAUAUGUUUGAUUGAAAAUGACCAACCUGUAUACCCUUUGGAUAUUGUUAGACGAAUGAGAGAUCAGCGAGCUAUGAUGGUACAAACAUCGAGUCAGUACAAAUUUGUAUGUGAAGCCAUCCUACGUGUAUAUGAGGAAGGUUUAAUUCGACCAUUGGAAGCAUGCCACAAAGCAAGUUAGAACUGUUGCUGGAAAAUGUGAAAAUAGAGUGCAAACAUCAUUCGAUUCUUGGCCCUCUUCAGAAAUCUAAGAGGAAACGAACUGGAUAAUUAAACAGGCCUGGCACUUCAUCAUGUUUCAAUAAGGAAUAUUUUUGUUUAAAAAAGAUGCUAUCUUUUAGUAACUUUUUUUUAUUCAAAGGAACUCACUGUAUCAUGAAACUGAAAAGAUGACAGCAAUUAAGUUUAAUCCAAACAGCAAUUAGCUCAUCUAAAGAUUAAAAAUAGAGAAAAUAUUGUAUGUCUUGUUAAAGCUGUUGAUAUUUUCAUUUAAUCAAUCAACAAUUAUUGAUCAGAGCAGUUCUUCACCACCUUGCCUCAGGAAUUAAUGCUCUUGAAUCAAGACUAAGUACUGGAGCCAGGUGGACCCAAACCAAACAUUGGUAAGCAGAUUAUUAUCAAAUGUAGCUUUGUCAAUAAUACUUUUCGUCAUCUUACCAAUCAUAUGAGUACAGUGAUGGGUUGCUGAUCAGUUAUAUUUUAUUUGUCUUGCUUUUUGCAAACCAAGCAUAUUUUGAGCAGGUUUCCAUAUAUUUAAGCAGAUGCUAGUGUUGCAACACUACUAAAGAUUUUACUAAAGUUGCAGCUAAUUUGGCACCCAGUCUUCAACACUGCAUCUAUGGCAUUGUGAGUCCUAGACCCAUUGCUAUAUUCAGUGUCCUUCAGCCAUUUAUUAAUAGUACACAGUAUGACUGAAUCAAGUUAGUUAAGUACUGGCAUUAAUGGUUGUGAGGGCCUUUGGAACAAUCUGGGACUGAACUUUCAUUCAGCAGUUACGGCUAAAGAUGGUCCAAGUGCUAUAAUCCAUCAUUGUUGAAUUUCAGAGAUUCUUGGAGCUGUCUCCUCCAUUAGUUGCUUUGUUGUCAAUUUGUCUACUGUCAUUCAUUACUCGUCUGCAAAUUUUUCAUCAGACAUUUUUUGUAUUGAUAAACUGAGGAGCAAGCUUGAUUUGUAAUGAAUAAUAUAACUGUCUCUAACUUUGACCCUUGAAGGUAGCUUUGAAUCUCCUCCAUAACUCUAUCUGAAAUUGUCUGGGGUAGCAGUGGUAAAGAGUAAUCAGUUGGGUAUUGUGAUGUGCAGCCAAUUUAAUCUGAUUUUUCCAUUACUACCCCCACCACAGGAUAUCUAGUGACCAUCAAAUGAAAAUGUUGUCCACUUCUAGCUCUAUGAGCCAAACCAUUAUGGAAGCAUCCUUUCCUAUCAUCAUCUACUUGCUGAAAUAGUUUGGGGCCUUGGUAAUGCUGGAAUCCUAAUCCCAAAACUUCAGAGAUAAGAUUAUGUAAAUCCAUGCUUUCUUUGGCAAGUCAUUUUCUGAAUUCAAUGUUCCUCCUACUCCUAAUAUAAAAAUGAAUGUGCAGUAUGUUGUAUCUAUAAAUUUAUAUGUCAUAAUUGUCCUUCAUAUUAAGAGAAUGAACAUCAGAUUCAGAUUUCAGGUUCAUAUUUAUUUAUCACAUAUGCAUCAACACUUAGAAUUGCAUCAUUUGUAUUACAUUCAAGUCCCAUAGGAAUGUGGAGCGACACACACAAAAUGCUGGAGAAACUCAGCAGGUCAAGCACCAUCUAUGGAGAUGAAUAAACAGUUGGUGUUUUGGGCCAAGACCCUUCUUCAGGACUGGAAAGGAAGGGGGAAGAUGCCAGAAUGAAAAAGUAGGGAAGGGGAAGAUGGAUAGCUAGAAGGUAAAGGGAGAAGAAGGAAGCUGAUAGGAGAGGAGAGUAGACCAUAGGAGAAAGAGAAGAAGGAGGGGCACCAAAAGGAAGUGAUAGGCAGGUGAGAAGAAGAGGUAAGAGGCCAGAAUGGAGAAUAGAAGAAGAGGGAAGGGGGAGAGAAUUUUUUUACUGAAAGGAAAAAACUGAUUUUUGAGCCAUCGAGUUGGAGGCUACCUAAACGUAGUAUAAAGUUUAUUAGGAAUAUGCUGGGGAUAGCCCACAGAUGUCUCCAUAUAUUCUGCAUAACAAGCCCGCAUGUCCCUCAUAUUAAGAAAAAAAAUCUCAUGGAGAAAUUGUGAAGGUCAUUCAUUCUUCAAUGUAGUUGCUCAUUAUACAUCAAGCUUGCAUUGUAUGACCGUGUCUCAACUCUUAAUGUUUGUGAUCCAAAAAAUAUGCAGUCAGCAUAUCACAAUCAUGCUGCAAUGUCUGGUUAGGAUCUUCAGAUUUCAAUCUAAAAGAAUUAUAAGAAAGAUGUCAACAAGAUAGAGAGAAUACAGAGAAGAUUUACUAGAACAUUACUUGGGUUUCAUCACCUAAGUUACAGAGAAAGGUUGAACAAGUUGGGUCUUUAUUCUUUGGAGCAUAAAAGGUUGAGGGGGGACUUGAUAGAGGUAUUUAAGAUUAUGAGGGGAAUAGAUAGAGUUGACGUGGAUAGGCUUUUUCCAUUGAGAGUGGGGGAGAUUCAAACAAGAGGACAUGAGUUGAGAGUUAAAGGGCAAAAGUUUAGGGGUAACAUGAGGGGGAUCUUCUUUACUCAGAGAGUGGUAGCUGUGUGGAACAAGCUUCCAGCAGAAGUGGUUGAGGUUCAGGUUCAAUGUUGUCAUUUAAAGUAAAAUUGGACAGCUAUAUGGACAGGAAAGGAAUGGAGGGUUAUGGGCUGAGUGCUGGUCGGUGGGACUAGGUGAGAGUAAGCGUUUAACACGGACCAGAAGGACCAAGAUGACCUGUUUCCGUGCUGUAAUUGUUAUAUGGUUAUAUAAUUAAAAUAAUUUUUAUUUGUUUAAAAUAACACUAGUCAAACACUGAUUAAAAUAAUACUGAAUAACCUAUGUAAAUUUUCUUAAAUACCUAAGCUGCAAUUUAUUUUGAAAAUCAUUUGACAGUAUCCACUGUGAUGAAAUAUCAUAAUCACAAGUAAAUGUAAGUAUACUGUGGUAUUAAGAUGCCAUUAUUUAAUACAAUGGAAUAACGGAGGCAUUUUUGUUCACUGAUACUUUUGCUAUGCUAAUCUAUUUAAACUAACUUUUUAAACUGAUUGAAAUUGGUCAAAACUUGAGAAUAGCAAAUAUGCAAUGUCAUAAUCUAUUUAAUAAUGAUGCAUUGGAGAAAAUGAACAUAUAUGUCUCUUGUACCUGAAUAUUCUUGGACAUCUAGUGAAUGUUGACUGUUGUGCCUGGUUUAAGACCAUAAGGCAUAGGAACAGAAUUGUGCUAUUCAACCCAUCAACUUUUCUCCUCCUUUUGAUCAUGACUGAUUAAUUUUCCUCUCAACCCCAUUGUCCUGCCUUCUGCCCACAAACUUUAACACCCUUACUAAUCAAGAACCUAUCAACCUCUGCUUUAAAUUUACCCUGUGACUUGGCCUCCACAGCCAUCUGUGGCAAUGAAUUCCACUGAUUCACCACUUGUCACUAAAGAAAUUCCUCCACAUCUCUGUUCUAAAGGGGUGUCCUUCAAUUCUGAGGCUGUACCCUCUUGUACCAAGAUUCUGCUGCUGAAUCCUUCUUCACAUAAAUAAGAACAAUGUUGAUAGAGGAAGCUACAUUGCUUUCAUGCUAAACCAGAAGUCAAUUAAAGCUAGUGAAAAAAGUGAAGAUCAAAGUGCCCAAUCACAUAACAGUUUCAUGAGCUAAUUAACUUCAUUUGAUGGCAGGUUCAUCACAUGAAGAUGACAGAGAAAUUAGGUGAACAUCUUAUCCAGACCAGACAUAUCAAGGAAAUAUCCAAAGCUCUCUGAUAUUUGUAGAACGGCAAUCAUGAUCAGUGUUUCAGGUUUAAUCCCAUAGGACUUUGGGAGGAGGACUGAAAGAGGUCAGAUAACUAAGAUUUUCAAAAUCCUUUGAUAGAGUCACCAAGCAUGCAGCCAAGAAUGUGUUUUUGUCCUGCUCUCUCCCCCUCUCUGAUGCCCUCUUUGGCCCCCCCCAACUCAAUUCAUAGUAGAAUAAUAACCAUAAUCAAAUCAAUGAAAGACCAUACCAACUUGGGUGUUAAACCAGUAGGCAAAACACUAAAGUAUCCCAAGGGAUUUUUUGUCUUCGUGCAUCCCAAUAAGAACAUUGAACAAUUCUUGGCCAUUUUGUAAUUUGGAAGAAAACAAACAAACGAGUAAAUGUUGCAUGCUUUAAGUAAAAAAUGUGCAUUGUCUUUCAGUGCUGGAGACUGAAAAGAAAAUGCCUCUGCUUGAUAGAGGCAUUCUUCUAAUGUGUCUUCUAGAUUUGCAACAAUUGCUUCCACUCUUUACCGGUCUCUUCCUUUUUUAAGAAUGUUUGUUUUUUGGCUGUGUUUUCUCCUGAUAAAAUUCUGGCCAUGUCAAUAGCACCUUUCAUUGCACCUGUACAUACACAUGCAUAUGACAAUGAGCUUGACUUUGACUUUUAAAAGAAAAUGAGUCUAACAUUUCUCUAAGUGAAAGCUUCUUGCAUGGAACAAUAGAAUAAUUCAUUCCAAGUGUCAUUAUGUGGUAGUAACCAAGUUAUUGAAAAAACUAGAAAAAAAUCACAGAUGCUUAAAAUCAGAAAUAAAACCAAAUCAGACAGCAUCUAUGAAAAAGGAAAUAGUUAAUAUUUCAAGUAAAAGAUCCUUCGGCUGAUGGAAGUCCCUUCAACUUUAAGUGUUAAUACUGCAUAUGGAUAUAAAUUUCCUAAUUUCGCUUGUGUACACCUGGCUCUGAUUUUUAGAUAAUGCUGCAACCAGCAGGGAUAAUUUUUACUAUCCUGUUUAUUACUUUUACCAUCUUAUAAACCCUGUUCAGUACAAAGCAUGACGGUUUUAUGAUGCAAAACAUAUCAGUGGAAAACAGGUUUAACACACUUUUAUUAGAUGCCUGUGGUACAAUUGUGAGCCUUGUUUAAGGGUAAUUGCUUUUAUGCAGGGUUCUGGGGGGUUGGGAAAUACACCUGUGUAAGGUGGUGAGAAAUACCAUUCCAGAAGAUAAGUGCCUUUUUUUUUAGCAUCCCUUGUGGAUAAGGAGAAGCAGAUAUGCUUGCCACAGCCCCUCAGCAUAGGCUUUGGCUUUGCAUCAUGUUUAGAUAUGAUCUUAAUCAGUUUUGUCUAUGCCACAUCUGCAAUCAUCAAAUAAAAGCUAUCCCUCUCCCUCUUCCCACCCUCUCACUCGCCCCACUCAAUCCAUAGUAGAAUAAUAAUCAUAAUAGAAUCAAUGAAAGACCGCAUCAACUUGGGCAUUAAACUAGUAGGCAAAAGAAAACAAACUCUGCCAAUACAAAAAGUACCAAUACUUUGUAGAUAGUUCCUAAGCUCUGAGCGGUGACAGCAUCUGCAUUUCACAUUAAUUGUGGAAAUAAAUUACAACUAUUAUUUAUAAAAUCUAUACUUUCUCCCCUAUCUGCAACUAAAUUGAAUAAAAUAAAUCAAUGCAUUUUAUAGAUUAUAUUACAUGCAUUACGAUAUUAUUAAUUUGGAAUAAUAGGCCCAGUACCUUGUAAAAUAUACUGCUUAUUCUCAGUUAUUCAAGAUACUAUUCUUAUAUAAGAUAGACUGGAAAUCAAAUGCACUGAAAUGUCUGCCAGAACAGUUUUUUUUAAUUAAGGUUAAUAUUAAGACUAAUGAUUAUUAAUAUAGCACUGGUCACUUACCAUAUUUUGAAAUUUAGUUGAAUGUAUCAAGCAUCAAGGUAAUUCUUCGAGCUACUUGUGUCUCAAAUCUUAUGGACACAUAUUUGUGAAUUUGGUCAAUGACCAUGCAUCAUCCUCCUCUAUUUAUUUUUGUUUUGUUUGUUGUAUGUCUAAUUCUGAGAGAUGGAAUUUACUAUUGGUAUCUUCAUUUCAGAUUCAACAAUGAUCUGGAGUUAAAAAUUAUGCUGCAGAAUCCUUUAUGUAACAUUGAACAGUACUAUAAACACUUUAUUGCUUAAACUGUAUGUGACUAGUCAAUUUGUUCUUUAAUAUUAAGAAUGGUCAAUUUGCCAUUUUGACUUUUCAUAAUGUAACAUUUUUAUUGAUAUGUAUGUAUGUAUGACAAAAUAACCUGAUUUUUUUUUCUUUCCUUCCUUAUCAUGGCAAAUACUGUCUUUUAGUUAUUGCGUUAUGGUGACUACUAAGAUUCAGAAUGCUACUCAGUUUCUGAGAGUGCAUUGGUGAUGCACGUAUUUUUGUAACACAAUGAUUCAUUCAAGUUCAGUAUGAUUAUCUGCCAUUGUGAGAAUUAAGUAAUUAAAUUGUGAUUGUGAAUAAUUUUUAAAUCUGAACUAAUAUCUUAAAACACUGAACAAUCAUUAAAUUCUAACCUGGUGUUCAUAUUUUCUACAUUUAAAUUAUUGAGAUAGGAAUGUACCUAAAUGAAUGUAAUAAAGCAAAAGAUCUGUUUUAUUUUUGUAGCUUUAUUCAAAAUUAAUAAUAGUCAUAAUAUUACUUGUCUAAAGUUGUUGGGAAAUGUGCUUCAGCAUGAUCAGAUUUUAAGUCUCAUAUUUUUGGUUGACUUAUGUCAGUAUGCUGUAAGAAAAUAGUGUUUAAUUGGUACAAUAAAGUUUUGCUUAUUCCUAAAUACAGUGUGCCUUUUGAGGAAUGUAUUGAAACACAUUAACACUUCUGCUGAAGCUACAGGACAAUGUUAAAAAAGGAAGAGUUAAAAGAAAAAUAAUGACAAAUGUUCAAUAUAAGU